AUGGCCUUCGUUCGUGCCAUCGUUUCCGAUAUCAUGAGUGCCAAGGAGGAUGCUAAGUGGCUUCAGUGGGUGACACAACAGUUUGAGACCAUUGCUGGACAAGACCGGGAGAUCAACCUGCAAGAAUUCAAAACAGCCUUGAAUGUGAAAGAGUCCUUUUUUGCUGAGCGGUUCUUCACCCUGUUUGACUCGGAUGGAAGUGGCACCAUCACCCUACAGGAGCUGCAGGAGGCACUGACCCUGCUCAUCCACGGCAACCCCAUGGACAAACUCAAAUUCCUCUUCCAGGUGUACGACGUCGAUGGCAAUGGCUCCAUCGAUGCGGACGAGCUGCGCACGGUGCUGCAGUCCUGCCUGCUGGAGAGCGCCAUCUCGCUGUCGGAGGAGAAGCUGGACCAGCUGACGCUGGCGCUCUUCGAGUCCGCGGACAAGGACUGCAGCGGCGACAUCACCUUUGAGGAGCUCCGAGAUGAGCUGCAGCGCUUCCCCGGCGUCAUGGAGAACCUGACCAUCAGUGCUGCCCACUGGCUGAAGCCCCCUGCCACCAAGCGGCACUCACCCCGCCCUCGCCCACUGACCUCUGCCUACUGGCACAAUCACCGCAGCCAGCUCCUCUGCCUGGCCACCUACAUCGGCCUCCACGUGCUGCUCUUCGCCCUGGCAGCCAGUGCACACCGGGCCCGCGGCGUCAGCGUCAUGGUGGCCAAGGGCUGCGGCCAGUGCCUCAACUUCGACUGCAGCUUCAUUGCGGUGCUGAUGCUGAGGCGCUGCCUCACAUGGCUGCGGGCCACGUGGCUGGCUCAGGUCCUGCCCCUGGACCAGAACAUACAGUUUCACCAGCUCAUGGGCUACGUGGUGGUCGGGCUCUCCCUUGUGCACACUGUGGCCCAUGUGGUGAACUUCGCGCUCCAGGCCCGGUCUGAGUCCAGCCCCUUCCAGUUUUGGGAACUGCUGCUCACCACGAGGCCUGGCAUCGGCUGGGUCCACGGCUUGGCCUCCCUGACCGGCGUGGCUCUCCUCUUGCUGCUGCUCCUCAUGUUCGCCUGCUCCAGCUCCUGCAUCCGCAGGAGCGGCCACUUUGAGGUGUUCUACUGGACCCACCUGGCCUACCUUCCCAUGUGGCUGCUGCUCAUCCUGCAUGGGCCCAACUUCUGGAAGUGGCUGCUGGUCCCCGGCAUCUUGUUCUUCCUGGAGAAGGCCGUCGGGCUGGCGGUGUCCCGCAUGGCAGCCCUGAGCAUCGUGGAGGUCAAUCUCCUCCCCUCCAAGGUGACCCAUCUCCUCAUCAAGAGGCCCCCUCUUUUCAACUACAGGCCUGGCGACUACCUGUAUCUGAACAUCCCCACCAUAGCGCGCUACGAGUGGCACCCCUUCACCAUCAGCAGUGCUCCGGAGCAGAAAGAUACCAUCUGGCUACACAUCCGGUCAGAAGGCCAGUGGACAAACAGGCUCUAUGAGUCCUUCAAGGCAACAGACCUAGUGCACUGUGACUCCAAGAGACUGUCGAGGAGUUUGAGAAUGAGAAGGAGCCAGAGGAGGCCCCAGGUCUCUGAGAUGCCCCCUGAGAACCACCAUCUCUGCAACAUCAAGUGCUACAUCGACGGCCCUUACGGAACCCCCACCCGCAGGAUCUUCGCCUCUGAGCAUGCGGUGCUCAUCGGGGCGGGCAUUGGCAUCACGCCCUUUGCUUCCAUCCUGCAGAGCAUCAUGUACAGGUACCAGAAGAGGAAGCACAUUUGCCCCAACUGCCAGCACUGCUGGAUGGAGGGCAUCCAGGACGAUGACAUGAAGCUCCACAAGGUGGACUUCAUCUGGAUCAACCGAGACCAGCGGUCUUUUGAGUGGUUUGUGAGCCUGUUGACCAAACUGGAGAUGGACCAGGCCGAGGAGCCUCAAGAGGGCCGCUUCCUAGAGCUGCACAUGUACAUGACCUCCGCGCUGGGCAAGAACGACAUGAAGGCCAUCGGCCUGCAGAUGGCUCUGGACCUCGUGGCCAAGAAGGAGAAGAAGGACUCCAUCACGGGCCUCCAGACGCGCACCCAGCCAGGGCGGCCCGACUGGAGCAAGGUGUUCCAGAAAGUGGCCGCUGAGAAGAAGGGCAAGGUGCAGGUCUUCUUCUGCGGCUCCCCAGCCCUGGCCAAGGUGCUCAAGGUCCACUGUGAGCAGUUCGGCUUCAGAUUCUUCCAAGAGAACUUCUAG